AUGUCUGAAGUUCAGAGCCGGUCGUCUGCCCGUGGCAGAGUAUCCACCCGCGGUGGUCGUGGUGGUUAUAGCUCCAGAGGUGGCCGUGGUGGAAGCAGCAGAGCCGCAAACAACGACAGCUCAGACCUGGCUUCAUUUGACGAAGGCGAACUUGGUCAGAUGAAAAAGAAGUAUUCGGAUGCUCUGCCCACUCUCAAGGAGUUGUUCCCCGACUGGAAAGACGAAGACCUUGUAUUUGCUCUCGAGGACUCCAAUGGCGAGAUUGAGGAGGCCAUCGAACGCAUCACCGAAGGCAACGUGUCGCAGUGGGGUGAGGUCAAGAAGAAGACAGUCGACAGAACCCGACCGAAGCCCAAGGAAGUCCAGAACACCUCUGAGAUCAACUCAACUUCAGUCCGUGGAGGCCGUGGUCGUGGUGGAUUUGAAGGUCGCGGUCGUGCUCGUGGGGACCGUGGUCGCGGUGGUCGUGGAGGACGGGCUGGCGCCCAGGUCUCCAACGGACCCCACACUUCAGCUUCUGGUGCAACCACUGCCGCUCCUUCCUCAACUGAGACCUCCGCGGCGAACGCCUGGGCUGAGAUUGAAACCGAGCCUACCGUGUCUGCACCUGAGCCUGUUGCGCCCAAGGCAAACGUCGCAGCAGAAGGCACUAAGAAGGGCUGGGCCAGCCUUUUCGCGAAACCUACCCCCCCUCCCGCGCAGCAUAAGAAGGCACCCGAGCCUGUCCCUGCUCCCGCUUCCGCUCCCGCUCCUGAAGCCGCGCCUGAGCCUGAGCAAGCCGAAAAACCUCAAGUUGAGCAGCAAGAGGAAGCUGAGCCUGUCCCAGCAACUGCCAGUGCGCCCGCGCCUGCUGCUGCUCCCGCGCCUGUUCAAAAGACACCCGUCCCCAAGCCCGCCGAGAUGACCGUUCCUGUCAUCCCUCAGGCGCACUCAAAGCCUGCUAAGGAUGAUUUGACGGAGACCAACCUCGAGCAAAUCCCUGAUGUCUCUGCACCAGCACCUACUGCAACCGCUGCCAGCACUAUCGGCAGCACCUUUGACCCAGCCGCCUCAGUGACUGCCACUCCAUCCCGCGCCACCCCCAGCGCUCUUCCCGGCUCCGCUCUGAAGCACAGCACUCGUGCUCCAGGGUUCCAGCGCCGCGUUAUGGAGCAGCAGCAGGCCGUUGUGAUGCCGGGAAACCACGCAGUCGACCGUGCUGCUGUUCAAUUCGGCAGUAUGGGCCUAAAUGGCGAUGCUGUUGACAUCGAUGAGAACCGCGAGGAGGCCGAAACUCGCGCUCAGCCUCCUCAGCAUUCACCAGUUGCACCCCGUGCAUCUUUGCCCCCGGGAUCUACUGAUUCCUUCAACGACUUUGCUCGCUAUUCCUCCGAGACCCAGAAGCCCUUCGAUCCUUUCACUCACCAAAUCGGCCAGCCCCAGCCGCAAAUCCAAGAACCCUUCGCCAAUCAGGCCCCCGUGCAGCCCGCUGCCACUAGCGGCAGCGAAUACUCUCCUUUUUACGCUGUUGACCAGCAGCGCUUCCCCUACAACUACUACGGCAGCUAUGGCCAGACUCAGGACGCUGGUGCUGGACCCCGCGGUGCUGCAUUCGGUGGUGUCUCUGCUGCCGAAUCCCAACCUCAGGUCCCCGCAACCCAGCCCGCUGGACGAUACGGCCCUGUAGAUGCCACCAACAGUGGUCACAACACCCCCAAUCCUACCAUGCCCGCUGCGACUCAGACCCCUGCUGCUCAGCACAUGCCGGGUCAGCAAAGCGCUCACGGUUACGGCUACGGCUACCCGUAUUACUCAAACCCCCACUAUGCCUCUUACAUGAACCAAAUGGGUCAGCAUGGUGGCGCCGCGUACGGCCGCUCUGGACGCCCUUACGACGAUGCCCGCCGCUACGACGAGCAACAGCACUAUGGCAUGCCUCACACCUCUCAGUAUGGCUACGGAAGCCAAUACGGACCUUAUGGCGGAGCCACUGCGGCCGCCGGUAAGGGCGGAAUGUAUGGCCAGCCUCACGGUUUCUCUUACGAUCACGCCUCUUCUCCCGCCAACGCUGCUGCUGCCAGCUUCAAUCAAAGCACUCCUGGCCGUGAUUCUGUCUAUGGUCGCGCUGGCUCUGCCCAGCCUGACAGCCAGCAGACUGCUGGCGGCGCCAACAGCUUCGGCAGCGGAAUGUCUGAUGUCUUUGGACGGUCCCAGGCUGGGUUCGGUCAGAACCCUCCUGUGUCUCAGCAGCCUCCUGUGACCGGUGAAGAGAGCAAGGCUUUCGACGCCUCCAAGACUGGUGGUCCUUCCCCGUCCCUUGCCCAGGCCAACCGCCCUGGCUCUGCCACCAACACCCCUGGUCAGACUCAGAGUCAGUCCGGUCUGCCCCCUCUGCAAGGCCAGCAAGGCCAGCAAGGCUUCGGUGGCUAUCCUCAGCUGAACCCCCAAUACGGAGGUCUUGGAGGUCUCAGUGGUCACCAGGGUGGUGCUUCCCAAACUCACCAGCAGCAAAAUGCUUACGGUAACUACGGUGCCGGCUUCAGCAACUACUACGGUAACACUGGCCGCGGCAAUGGUGGUUGGGGCGGCAACUACGGUCACUAA